AUGGGAGCCAGUGUAUCGUGGUUAUCGGGGAUGUUGUGGUCAAAGAAGGAGAUCAGGAUAUUGAUUCUGGGACUGGACAAUGCUGGAAAGACAACUCUUCUUUACAGACUGAAGAUUGGAGAAGUGGUUACUACGAUACCUACAAUAGGAUUCAACGUUGAGUCGGUGACAUACAAAAACUUAAAUUUUAAUGUUUGGGAUCUCGGUGGCCAAACCUCUAUACGACCGUAUUGGAGAUGCUACUAUGCCAAUACCGCAGCCGUAAUCUUCGUCAUCGACUCGACAGAUAUCGACCGGUUAGGGACCGCUUCAGAAGAGUUAGCUGCGAUGCUGAACGAGGACGAGUUGAAGGAUGCUGCGCUGUUGGUAUUUGCAAAUAAGCAGGAUCAGCCAGGGGCAAAGGGAGCCGGGGAGAUUAGUGAGGCUUUGAAGCUGGGCGAGCUGAGGGAUCGGAAUUGGAGUAUCGUGGCUUGUAGUGCGGUGGAUGGAAGUGGUGUUGAUGAGGGUAUGGACUGGCUUGUGCAAACGGUACAACAAGAAUCGUAG